AUGGGCAUUCUGUGGAAUGUGUGCAUCAUUUUCCUACAAGGCAGAUUUGGGAAUUCUAAGGAGAUUAAGCUCCCCAGCAGGGCGAUAAAGCCCCCUUCUCCAUCUGACUUUCUAGACAAACUGAUGGGACGCACAUCUGGCUAUGAUGCUCGCAUCAGACCAAAUUUCAAAGGUGCUCCUGUGAACGUCACUUGCAACAUCUUCAUCAACAGCUUUGGAUCGAUCACCGAAACCACUAUGGACUACCGCCUCAACGUAUUUCUUCGUCAGCAGUGGAAUGACCCACGCCUGGCAUAUAAGGAGUAUCCAGAUGACUCCCUGGACUUGGACCCCUCUAUGCUGGACUCAAUUUGGAAACCUGACUUGUUCUUUGCAAACGAAAAAGGAGCAAACUUUCAUGAGGUCACCACAGACAACAAACUGCUCCGGAUAUUCCAGAAUGGAAACGUCCUCUAUAGCAUCAGGCUCACAUUAACUCUUUCCUGCCCUAUGGAUCUGAAGAACUUCCCCAUGGACAGCCAAACAUGCACCAUGCAGCUUGAAAGCUUUGGCUACACCAUGAAUGAUCUUAUUUUUGAGUGGUUGGACGUUGGCGCAGUACAGGUGGCUGAUGAUCUGACACUCCCACAGUUUGUGCUCAGAGAGGACAAAGGUCUUGGUUACUGCACCAAACACUACAACACAGGUAAAUUCACUUGUAUCGAGGUCAAAUUUUACCUGGAGCGUCAAAUGGGGUACUAUCUGAUCCAGAUGUACAUACCUAGUCUGCUCACUGUUAUCCUGUCUUGGGUGUCAUUCUGGAUCAACAUGGAUGCGGCUCCAGCUAGAGUGGGACUUGGAAUCACAACUGUGCUGACCAUGACCACACAAAGCUCUGGCUCCAGGGCUUCCCUCCCAAAGGUGUCCUAUGUGAAAGCCAUUGACAUAUGGAUGGCUGUGUGUCUCCUUUUUGUGUUCGCUGCACUGCUGGAGUACGCGGCUGUGAAUUUUGUGUCACGUCAACACAAGGAGUUCUUCAGACUGAGAAAGAAGCUAAAAGAGCAGCAGCAGAGAACUGUGAGUAGGACAUACCUAGACUACCCUCCAGGUGUCUGUCACCUGGCUGUGCAUGAGCAUGCCACCGUGCAGCUGCACAUCAGUGUUCACUCAAACAUCACCUGUUCUCAUUUUGACCUUCAGACGGAUCGGAGCCGUGCAGUCUGUCUGAUCAGCUCUCUGCUGCUGUUCUUCUGUCAGCAGAGAAGCAGUGACAGUAAAGUCAAAGGAAACAGUGUGUCGAGUAACAGCGCUCCUCACAGGACCACCGCUACGCUGCCGUGCAGCGCCUGCGCCAGAGAAGAGGAGUUGGCACAGCAGGGUUUGUUCUUCCAGAGUUAUGGGAUUGCACUGACAGCAGAAAUGGAUUCCACGCCAAUCUUUGCCAAUUUACCCCCUGGUUUAGGUUUCUAUGACAUCCACAGGCGCUUUGUGGAUCGGGCAAAAAGAAUCGACACCAUAUCUCAAGCCAUGUUUCCCAUGAGUUUCCUCAUGUUCAAUAUCCUCUACUGGCUGACUUACAAAGUCCUACAACACGAGGUUCAAGUCCCGCUGUGACGGACGCUGCAAACGUGUUGGAUCCUCCUGUUUCUUCUCCGUUCACUCAAACAUUUACAGACUGAAGGUCUCUCGCCGAGCAGUGCAUAAUGUGUGCCCGCAACACAGAAAUGCCAUCAGUUUCUUUUGAAUUCUUCAUACAUUUG